AUGCAACUUGAUUCUUCUCCAGCGACAAUUGCUAACUCCACUCUUGACCCCAUAUCACUAUUAGAUAACACAAACCCGUGUGACUAUGAAACAACUAAUGUAAGCUAUAUUCUAUCAUCGCAUGGGACCCAAACAGACUUUAAAAUAGAAAUUGAUGACUAUCCACCAUUCAUCCAAUCUCAAAAAGAAGACUUAAUAGACACUCAAUUAUGGGUGGCUGAUACUGAAACCACACCAGUCACAAUAUCUGCUAAUUAUCCAUCUAAUGAUAUUCAUUUAACACCACCAGAAGAUAAACAGCAAAAGAUCCUUGAUUUUUACAAUGAAAUUAUCUUAUAUAAUCGAUCCCCAGAAGCCAUUGUCAAUCUUUUCUUGAAAUUCAGAGACAAAUCUAGAGAAGCUGUGCAAAUUUUGAGGAAUGAAUCUUAUGCUUUAAAAAAACUACUGGCAAACUACAUCAUAACCAAAAGACCUCUCCCACCAGUAUACUGGUACAGUGAGAAUUACAGAAUUAUCCUCCCUAUUAACAAUCAAGAUAAGGUCAAAGGUUUUAUUAGGCAAUUAAAAACUGAAUUCUUUUUCAAACUUUCCAUUGGACCUGAGCGGAUCAAGGAAGGUUUAAUCCAGAGUGAAAAGCCUUACAUCUCAAGUAACUUUUCUCAAGUAGAAGAAGAGCUCAGAAUAAUUAGUGACAAGUUGAAUAGAGAACACACUGAAUUCACUGUAACUGUCAAAACAAUUAAAGAGAAAUACUUUGGUUGUAUCCCAAAAGAAUGGAUAACACCAAUUCUAUCAGACCUUUUUAAUCUCAAGGAAGCUCAAACCAUUCUCAGAUCUGAAAGCAGUACAAUAACCCUUCCAAUAAUUGAAGAUGGAUUACUCACAAACAAACUUAAUGCCCUUAGGAAAAUAUUUCACUUCAAGAAACUACUGCCAGAAUUUCUAAUUGAACCUGAGUCACCUGACUCAGCUCUGACUCUCUUACCAAAACUUAUAUAA